CUGGGGUUCUGGAACACACUUGAACAGCUCCCCCCGCGUGUGUCUCUGUGGGAGAGAUGGAUCAAAGUAGAUUACAGCCACAGGACUGGAUUCUCCCGCUGCUGGAGCGCCGGUCAAGUAGAGCAACAGGGAGCUGCAGACUCAAGAGGUCAAGCAAGCCUCUACAGGUCGCGGUGAUAAAUAUCGAUAGGAUCCCAGCUCCAACCGCAUAUUCUGUCAGUAAAACACCAAAUCAUUAUAUGGUAGACACUACUAACAGGCAUAAUGGCUUUACCAAGGAACAGAGACUUCCUCCAUCUGGAAGUUUGCCUUCUAACCCAUCAUCAGGGGGAAUGAAUUCUCAGAGCAACUCUGCCAGGAUUAGCUCCAAUUUACCUAAGGCUAUGCAAUUGAAAAUAAACCAUUUGGUUAAUUCUCCUUUCAAGCACAGCACUGUAUCUCAUCUCCAUCACAUGCAUUGCUUUUCCCCUGGAGAAGAUUGGAAGUUUGAAAUCCUGAGCGAAAUAGAGCACAUUAAGAAACUGCAGAGUGACCAGAAGCCCCUUCAUUAUCGCCAUUUGGAGACAGGUCAGCUGCUGAAAGCCAGACUGAAGCCCCUCUAUCCUGUGGUGGUUGACGGACCAAGCAUUGCUCAAUGCAGAGGAAUUUUGCCAGAAAUCCUAAACUGCAGGUGCAAGCCAAACUGAGGAAUGAGCAUCCAUGAGCGGCUAUUCAACAGAUUGCCUUUUGAUGCUUGUGAGAGAGAGCCCAUUAACACUCUCCACCUCCUCUCUAAAAGGUGGAGACACUUGAAAUCUGUGACAAUGGGGAAUCUUCGUGGAUUGCUUUCCUCACCCGGGAGGACUUUCCUACAGCAGUGUUACCAUCGGGAAAAGUGAGUGACCCUUGGGUAUGAAGACAAGGCCAACACUUCAUGAACUAGGGUCACGCAGGACAAAGUGAUGCCAAUGUAUUGUGAGACUUUUGACUUUGCAAUGGUUGACUGUUGGUAUUAGGCCCCCAGAAAUUGGCAACAUAAUUUGGCCUGACAGUCACGAGGAUUUGGAUAUUUGAAAGUUCUUCAGGAAGUCAUUAAGAUACAUAUUCUGGGAUACAUUCAGUUUUGUUAAUCUUAUUUUACAAACCAAUAAUCCUCUGCUAAUUUUCUUCCCUCCCUUGAAAGCGUCAUUUCCUUACGGGGAAAUGGUUCCAAGUGCAGCUUCUGAAACAAGUAAGUGCAAGUUGCCAUCUUGCUGGAAGGAGACGAUUGGUGGCGCUUUUAGGCUGAGGGUUACCAUGUCUUAGGCAAGGGUUAAGGGUUUCAGGAGACGGGCUUUCGUGGUGACCUCAGUCGAUACACACACCAUUGUCAUCACUCUGCAUUGCAAACCAGCCAUCUAAGUUUACUGACCCCUUUUAUCGGCUUGUUUCCCAAGAUACAGUUGUUCAUUCACAAGAUUUGGCAGUCAGUCUUUACAGACUAUUAACUCAGAAAAGGCAUUGUCGUUUGAGCUUGAUCUGUAUUUCAUCAUCCAGUGGCCCACACAGAUACACACUUCAGAUGCUGUUCAUGAUUUAAGGAAUGAGAAUCUUGUGAUUUCCCUUUCUAACCAAGAGGCACUCAACCCACUAAUGAAAUGCUUACAAAUUAUUGACUUCAAUCAGCUAGCUCAGCACAAAAAAUGGUUGAACCCAGUAUCUUUCUGGCCUGUCCAGUUCUGUUAGUAACUGGAUAAACUUGCUGAGUUGUUAGGAGAGCUGAUAUAUUUGAUUCACGAUGUAAAGAAUUUAGAUUACAUUGUAAAUUCAAACUAAUAAAG